UCAAGGCAUAGAGGUUAGUCAUCUGUGGCGAGAACAGGCGAGAAUGUAGUGUGACGGGUGACGGGGGGAAUUGCGGGUUGGUGUGCAUAAGUUUACAUUAAAUGAUUGUUUAAAAAGACGAUCCGUGUAUUAUUUGGAACUCUAAUGCGAAACUGCAAUAGAUGUAACUAUGUAUCGUGGCGGUGAUGUUAAGGAUUGAGUGAAAAAGUAAAGUAACAUUACAAAUGAUUUGUGGAGGCGUGUGCAUUGCUACAACGUAACUGUGUACUGUGUGUCAUCUAGUGCAGAAAGAAAAUUACUACGAAAAUGCCGUCAUUGGAAUACAUUCAAAAGCAAUAUCCUCUGCAUUGGCUCGUCUGGAACAACGAGUACAAAGAAUUAGACAGAGAACUCUCAAAGAAUGUGUUUGAUAAAGAGAAAAGAGAUGUUCGUGGACGCACCCCUCUUAUGCUUGCUGUUACUCUUGGACACUUAGAAUCAGCACGUAUAUUAUUACAGCAUACAACGAAUGUCAAUACAGAAAACAGAGAUGGUUGGACAGGUGAUGCUGCUGUUAUGAUGGAAGUAGACCAUGAAACUCAUCAAGUAUAUGUGGAACAAAUGAGGAUGAUAUCACCUGAGGAUCUUCAAUUUCUUCAGCCCACAGAGGAAGCUAUAACAACUCGUCUCACAACACCUAUUGUGACUACUUACAUCGACACAGAAAAAAUAAGUUUUGAGAGGAAUAAAACAGGUAUUUGGGGCUGGAGAUCAGAUAAAACUGAAGCAAUUAAUGGCCAUGAAUGCAAGGUUUUUGGAGCAAGCAAUGUAGAGCUUGUUACAAAAACUAGAACAGAACAUCUUACAGAAACUGAUAAAGUUAAAGCAAAAGCACCUCGAAGUCCUCUUCAGUCUUUUCUUGGUAUUGCUGAAAUAGAAGAGAAACAAGCACUGCCUGAGACAAACAAUGAAGAAUAUUGUCACGUGGGAAAUCCCUGUAAUAUAACUCCAGAGGAAUAUUUUGAUGAAGAAACUGAUUUGAGAGGAAGAGACAUCGGUCGUCCAAAAGAAAUUAAUACCAAAAUUCAGAAGUUUAAGGCCACAUUAUGGCUUUGUGAAAAUUAUCCUCUAAGUUUGCAAGAACAAAUUAUGCCAAUUGUAGAUUUGAUGGCUAUUUCAAGUUCUCACUUUGCAAAACUUAAAGACUUCAUACAGAUGCAGCUUCCUGCUGGAUUUCCUGUUAAAAUAGAAAUUCCUUUAUUUCAUGUUUUAAAUGCAAGAAUUACAUUUGGAAAUAUUUUUGGGUUGGAUGAAGAUAUUCCUGGAGUAACAAGAAUUUCAGAAGAUGAGAGGUUAAGUUGUAUAGUUGAUGAUAGCUGUUUUAUACCUCCAAUUACUUACACUAAAUUAGGUGCUGAUGUUCGAAGGCAGUUCAGUAUUGAGGAAGAAGAUGAGCUUCUUCAAUUUGCUAUACAGCAGAGCCUCAUUGAAGCUGGAAGUGAACGUGAUGAGGUGGAUAUUUGGGAAGCUUUACGAGCCCAAAGACCAUCCCGGCCAAACACUCCCAAUAUUCAUGCAGAGGAGGAAAGGCAGCUCCAAAGGGCAAUUCAAGCCAGCCUAGCCCUUUACCAGCACAACUUAAGUGCUUCUAGUCCUGAUAAUGACUCCUCAUGUUGCACUAGUCCUGAAGCUCUAGACUCACAAUCUCCUGAUAACCAACUAGUGCCUGACUUAGACCUGCAAAUGGCAUUAGCAUUAUCCCAACGAGAAAGAGAAGAAGAAGAACGCCAGCGGAGGCAAGAGGAGGAAAUGUUGGAACAAGUGUUGCAGUUGUCAUUGCAAGAGAAAUGACGUGACAUUCUUUCUCCUGACACAGUUAUACACAAUCUGUUGCCUUGUGAUAUGUGAGAUGUACUUCAUGUUCCUUGCUUUGAGGGAGUCUGUGCAAAGUUAAGUUUAUUAAAGCUUCAAUAUGUGCAAUUAAAUUAACUUGAAUCAGCCAAUAGUAGCCACAAAUGGGACUUAAUUGAGAGAUGGGUAUUGUUCUUUAGAUGUGAACACUGAUUGUUACAGUUGGAAGAGUGAUGGAAAAAAUUGUCAUUGAUCAAUUAAAUGGUCCAAUACUCUAAUUUGACCUGCUUUUACUACAUGUGUGUAAGAUGUUUUAUUCUGUAUUGAAACAAUUAUAUUUAAGGUAUUCUAUCAUACUCUUCUACUAUUUAUACUAUGUAAAAUAUGUAUAGAAAUAUUGUGAAUGAAAGUACAGGGUGUUUGUUGAGUGAGCCAUCAUUUCAUUUCUUAUUUCUCAAUACACUGCAAGAAAGAAUACUAAUGAUGGUAGUAUUAAAUGUUCCUUUUUUCACCUUGUCUUAAGAUAGUGCAGCACCCUGUACUUAGCAUAAUUUGCUUGAAAUUGUACUGAUAAACUUGGUACAAACAUACAAAGUGUGCUGCAUUUGUUACAUUGGACUUGCUCUUCCACUCUUAAAAAUCACUGUUUUCUAUUAUGAAUAUAGGUUUAUCUUGAUCUUCCCUUGUGCAGCUUAUGUUGUAUUUAUAUAUUUUGAACAAGAAAGAUUUGGCUGUAUAAAUGGUAUCAAAGUCAGUUAUUUGCUGUAUAUUUUUAAUUUGCUAAUGAAAUCUAUGAAAUAGAUCUAAAACAGUAUUGUAAGCUUCCUUGAAUCACAAAGGAAGCCCUGCUUUCACACAGAAAAAUAAAAUUGGAAUUGGUACACAAAAUUCGUGAAUAAAUAUUAUUAUUAUUUUCUCUUACAGAAACUAUUUUCGGCAUUCUCAACUUAAGGAAUUGAGAUUAUUCAGUUCUUGUUGCUGACUGAGUGGUUCUGGGAUCCUAUUUUUCUUCCUUUCUCAUUGUAUCUUUUUAUGUUGUUUUCUUGCUGAAUGAUGUUUUUGAAUGUGACUGGCUUUUUCAAUCUCAAGCCAUGACAUAUGGAGGAUACGUAGAAGGUGGGAAAUCUUGCAGCCUUGAAGCUGAAGCUUAAAGAUAGAGCUAGGAUUGGUUUAUUGCUGUUAACAUUUGUAUGUUUUACGAAUUUUAUGUUUGGGGACCCUAUGAUGUUAGUGAUUUCUAUAGGGAAAUAAACUCGUUUUUGUUUUGACAUUUCAUAUUUUUGUUUGUUUGGAAUAGUACACAAAUUGGUUCUUCAAUUUUUAUUGUUGUAUGCAUAUUAGGACCUUUGUCUUCUAAAUGUGAAUGUGUUUUGGAAUGUAUGAGUUGAAAAUUCAUUCUGAGUGUUAAAUGGGUUAGGACCCUUGCACUAUGCAGUUACUAAAUCCACUAUGGUCAGAAAUGAAUUUUGCAAAGAUGAUGCUUUCUUUCUCAAUUUUUACAAAAUUUAUUUUUUUGUCUUGAAUAAAAACUUACAAAUUUAUCAAAAUAUGUUGGAUAUUGAUUGUUAUUUUUCUGAUAAAUUCACUGCUUAUAUUUAAUAUUUGAUUAAUAAACAGUUGAAGCAGCCUUAUUGAAAAGGGUACAAUUCCCACUGAAACCUAAUGAAGUCCUGUUCAAAACAGAAAUACAAAAUGAGAAAGUUGGUAAAUCAGAAGAAGCAGAUGAAAAACGGUUCAGAAAGUGGAAAUUAUUGUGAGAACAAUUUGAAUGGAGGUAUUGUUUUGAAUCUCAAAGAUUUUUAAGAUCCCCUUUUCAGCAUUAUGCGUUCAAUGAAAUAAAGAAAGGACAUGUAAAAAUUUACAUCAAAGUAUAUUAAGCAAGUGAAAAAUUGUAAUAAUUAGUAAAAAAUAAAGAAGUUUCUUCUAAAUGUGAAUGUGUUUUGGAAUGUAUGAGUUGAAAAUUCAUUACGAGUGUUAAAUGGGUUAGAGUGGGUUGUAAGGGUGGUUGUUGUUAAGAAUAAAACUCUAUUAUGUAUUAUUGUAAUACU